GCAUAACCUGUAGGAAAAUACCAGAAUGGAGUUGCCCAAACCUAUUAUUGAACCCAAAUUAGCUCUAAGCCACACCUUUCCAAGCAAUGCAGAUGAACAUGGAACAGGAGAACCCUCUGACACUGCCUAGACACCGACAGUAGCAGUUGAUACCCCGUGGGAUCAACAAAGGUGCCGUGCAUUCAACAUCAAGCAUCCGCUUUGAGUAUGGAGUUGCUCCUGAGGCAGAAGUGGGAAAUGCCGGAUCUGCUUAUACCUUGGCAAGGUCCCUAAACCGCAGGGAAAUGGCCAUAUGCUUCCUCUUGAUGAUGAUCUUUAUUUGGAUGCCAUUUUUCGCUUCAGCUGCGUUACUAACACCCCCUCAGAAUAUUACAAUUCUGUCCACCAAUAUGAAGCACUUUCUCAUUUGGAGCCCAGUUGCUGAGAUUGCGCCUGGCGAGGUUGUAAAAUACUCGGUCGAAUUUCAAGGGGAAUAUGAGAGAGACUAUGCCAACGACAGCUGGAUCCCCAUUGCAGAAUGCACAGAUGUUAGCGUUACUCAGUGUGAUAUCACAGAAGACAUAUCAGCUACCGUGCCAUAUAAUCUGCGUGUUAGAGCAUCUACAGGGACACAGGCCUCUCUCUGGGCCACACUCAACGGCUUCUUCAAUCGUGUCACAACAUCCCUCAUUCCGCCAAUGCUGACUGUCACCACUGAUGGAUAUCACUUGCUAGCAGAAUUAGAACACCUGGGGCCUGCCUUUGAAUUCUGGAUAUUUUACUGGAAGAAGGGCCCAGAAUCUACAGUUUACCACAAAGUGGUGAGAGAAAGCACCACCACUGUGCAUCUGAAAACCAUGGAGGCUGGAGCUGAAUAUUGUGUUAAAGCUCAGACCUUUGUGGAAGCGAUCAACAGGAGCAGCAAUUUCAGCGAGGUGCAGUGCGUGAAAUCAGAAGAUGCCAAAGUCAUACUGUUGACCUUUGCCCCGCUCUUCCUGGUUAUUUUUUUUGUGGCUGUUUUGGUCCUUCCUUUUCUUGCUUGGAAAACCUGUCGGAUCUGCCAGUAUUCCUUCUGCCCAGAUGAGGUCCUUCCAGAUACUUUGAAGCUAACAGCAUCACCUGCUAAGAUACUAAAGGAGAGGGGAGAAGAGAUGGAGAAAUGUGAUGAAUCAGUGCAAGUAUUGCCUUCCGAAGACAUUUUGCUUCAUUUUUGGAUCCAUGAAACUCUUUAAUAUCACCCUGAAGACACUAAUUGCAAACUGAGAUUAACAGUCUUGCUCUCCUUCUUGACCCCUCUUCAGGCACACACAAGGUUUCUACAGAGAAGGACAAAUUGCACAAAGAUGGGAACCAAAAUAUAUAUCGGUAUCAGGGAGAGAUUCCAGCAACCUUACUUGACAGAGAAGUGUAGACUGGUUGUGGGUUGCAAACAGACCAUCUUUACAGCCACUUACUGAAUUACUGUCUAUUUAAUUGAGAUGUAAGGAUCUUGAGCCAAUCCAAUAUUGGAAUAAUAUUGGAAAGAGGUACAAGUCCAAGUCAGUUUUCCAAUUCAUGCUUGCAAGCCAGGAGGAAUAGAGGAAAAUACCGGGAGGUAUUCUGUCUUAAUAGUACAGUAUACUCUCUAAGAAAGCAAGUUGCAUGAAAUGGAUCUUUUUUCAGAUUAUUUAUUACAAUUCUUGUGGGCUUUAGCCACAGGCUCUCAAGUAUUCAGAAAGCAAUGGAGCUCUAAAUGCCACUAUCUUUCCACUGUUAUAGAAAGGCAAUCAGUGAGAGCCCGACACUCAGAAAUUUGGGUUGAGAUUUAGUGGAUCAUUCAAUCAAUUGUUCAAAGAAAGGAUAAAUCAAUCAUUCCUAGGCAUUAUGACCUAUUCUGACCAUUCAUUGUGGUAUAAUUCCACAUAGGACUGCUAAUCAGCUCAUCUAGAUAAGGUUCUGAUUUUUAUGUGAGUUUUAGAAUCAAAUACAGAACUCGUUAACUCAUAGCUGGCUUGCUGGCUGUAUUUUGGAGUAUUUUUUUUUCUUUUUGAGGUUCCUAGAUAGGUAUAUAUUUCCAACUGCCAAAUCUGAGCAAAACAUGGCUGUUUUCCACAAACUGGAAUACUUACUGCAGAACUGGAAUUCAAUGUUUGGAAGCUUUCUAUUCCUGGAUGAGAUUUUAAAUGAAAAAACCUUUUUCUUUGCUUGUGUUUUUUUAACAUGCAAGCACUGAAAUGCUUAAAUGUGUAUUUAAAAUACUGAGUUGAGCUUUUACUUACUUUAUGGCUGUACAUGUGAAUUUUAAGUUCAGUUCACAGACUUGGAGGUUUAAGAUGGGUGUAAACCUUUGUAUAUUUCUUAUAUCAGCCAUACAACAACCAGAUAUCUUGUUGUGUAUCUGUGUUUACAGCCUGGUCACUCCUAAGAUUUGCUAUGGCUGAAAGCAAAUGUAUGGGAAGACAUCAGAUAAUGCAAAAUUAUGACUAUGGGGCUGGAAGGGGAACCAAGCUCUGGCAAAUUCACAUAAGUUGAGUGGCUUGAUUCACAUUUCACACUAAGCCAUAAUGUGAUUUGUUUAGUUUUCAGUUGAAUGCAUUGUGAAAAUCCAGGUGUUGUGAAUUAUAGGUAGCUUAUGCCUUGGCAUGAGGUGAAUUUAUGCAUAAUAUUCAACAACUCUAGCAAAACAAGAUUAUAUAGUGAUAUCUAAGAUCCUGUUAGACUUGCUAAAUGUUUCUCUUAUGUGUCUGCCUGUACCUUUAACAAGUGCACAAAAGGCAGAAUCUUAACCAGCCCAGCAUUUCGUGCCACUGAUUCUGCAGGCAGGAAAAAACUGCACCAGGAAAAUCUUGGUCUGUCAUGCAGCUAUUAAACAACAGUCUUCAUGUAUUUUUUAAAAGAAGGGGAACCUGUUAAAAUAGUUUCAAGGAAGGGGGAAAGUUAGAAAUUUUACCUGAUCUUCCCUCCCCCAUCAAUCAGAUUUUUCUUUCAACCUUACGGCAGUAUGUCUGUCAUUAAGAAAAUGAAAAUGUUAGAAUUGCUAUGAACAUUGCUGCCUGGUUCAAUAGCAAUGGUUUGCAAUAAUAGAACAGAAUCAGAAUAUAUGAUUUAUGAUUCAUGAUUUGAAAGUUAGACCUGAUUUAAAUAUAUACAAAAUAAUCCAUAAGUAAGCAUUUAUUUACAAUGGCAACUUGUAGUAAUGGUAACAUAAAUUUGACUGAAUUGUGCCUUCUUUAUGCUGUAAUUCAUUAUAAUUCAGUAUAUAAGUAUAAUUCAGGCAAAAAAAAUACAUAUAGUCCUCAGCUUAUAACCAGUUGGAAUUUCUGUCACUAAACAAGGCAGUAGUUAAGCAAGCUGCAUUCAAGUUUGCCUUUUUUGAUGCAGUCAUUAAUGGGAAAAUUUGACUUUCCCCAUUGACGUUGCUUGUUGGAAGUGGCUAGGAAGGUCAUAAAUGGCAAUAAUUGUUCCAGGAUGCUACAGUUAUCAUAAAUACAUCAAUACAAAUGCCCAAAUUUUGAUCAUGUAACCACAGGGAUGGUGCAAUGGUUAUAAGUGUGCAGACUUUUUAGUGCUGCUGUAGCUUCAAAUGGUAAUUAAACAAAUGGUCAUAAGUUGAGGACUACUUAUAUAAUGUUGGCUUUAAUUCCAUUAUCAGGAAGAUUCUUGCUGAAUUAAAUAAAAUGCAUUAAGAACAUAUACAAAAACUGAAGUGGCAUUGUCACACCUUUACAUGUCUGAAAUCAAAUAAGCUUCAAUAUCUCAAUACUUUUCUGUUAAAUGCUUCAACUGCUAAUAAUCAAAAAUACUUUCUGGAAAAUCUUUGAUUCAGUAGUUAAAAUUCUUCCUAAUAUUUUUUUUCCUUCCUGA